AUGAGCUCGCCAUUUACCCAACUCCCCGACGAGGUUAUCCAGGUCGUAUUGUCAUACUUACCGUUUGACAGCAACAUUGCUCUGCAACAAACUUGCCUCCGCUUUGCAAAUGCCGCCAAUGAACCGCUUCUGUGGAAGAAAUACUGUCAGGACUCAUUCAGGUGGUGGGACCGACGACAUCGCUUUGCGGCGACGCUUCGGGAUGGAUCCUUUGCCGGCUGGAAGGACCUGUUCGGAAAGCGCCACAGAACUUCCAAGACCACUCGAGAAGCCAUUGACAAGAUUGUCAUCGAAGAGCUCGGCCGAAUUGACUCGAUGAAGGUCAUCCUGGAGGCUGGUUACGACGCCAAGGACGACCUGUUCGAUAUGUUCUGGAACGCGUCCUCUUCUCCGAACCAUCUCGCCCAGAAGUACUGGAGUCACGCAGCUCUAGGUUGUGUACAGAGACUGGUAGCGAUCGAGGAAUGGACUGCCAUCAGAGCCACAGGGGACUACGAGAACGCCGUUGAACGAUCGCUCGCAGCUUACGAUAUGUUUAUCCUCGGAGAACGGCCUGAGGGGGACAUCUCAGAUAUCCUUGCUCGGCUUGACUCCUACGUCGUCUCCGUCCGGGAGGCUCAUCCCAACAUCGACCAACUGCCGCCGCGGAAGAGGGCGAGCGUCAUCGCCGAGCAUUUGCUAGAGAACAAAUGGGUAGGGAUCCAGGAUAAUCGACACUACCACAGCCUAGAUCAUAUGUUCCUCGGAGUAUCUCUGUUUAGCACAAACAGAAACUCGGUCCCCCUCAUCUCGGCCGUCAUCUUCUGCUACGUCGCGCGGCAGUUCAACCUGCGCGCCGAGCCUUGUAGCUAUCCUUUCCACGUCCAUGCACUAGUGCAGCCUCCACCAGGGCUCGAUCUUGAUGGCCAUCAUCUCCCAGAAUCUUCCAGUCCAGUACCGUCUGGCCUGACACACCUGUACAUGGACCCAUUCAACAGCUCAGAACCCAUUCCCCGAUCGAAGUUGGAGACACAACUCAAAUUCAUUAACUCCAGCGCAACAGCAGCCCAGGCUGCCACGUAUCUGUCUGCGGCGUCUGCCCGGGACCUCUCAGUUCGAACCGCACACAACAUCAUAUCUUCACCAUCUCACGACCCCGACCCACCGCUACAUCCUAUCAACGCCAACCUGGCUGCCUAUGCAGCUUUAUUUUCCCUCGUUAUCCUCGCACCCCAUCCGAUCAGGCACCCGGCCCACUUACGCCAACAUCUCUCCGUCCUUACCCAGCACUUUCUCGAAUAUUUUGACCUAGAUAUCUAUCUAUACGAAACCUACAUCCUACCGCUUGCAUAUACUCUACCCGACUCCCGUGCUUACCGCAAUUUAAUCUCCCAACUCAAAGAGUCGGAUCAAGAAUCACGCCCGCCCAAGUACCGGUCUGAUCCUCGCAACUCAGCAGUGAAAUACAGCGUGGGGCAGGUCUUCAUCCACCGCCGUCGUGGUUAUUGGGCCGUGAUCUACGGGUGGGAUCCUUACUGUCGCAUGCAAGAGCAGUGGAUCACCAUGAACCAAGUCGAUCGCUUGCCCAAUGGGAGGAAUCAACCCUUUUAUAAUGUACUUGUGGAGGACGAGUCGACGCGCUAUGUGGCGGAAGAGAACGUGGUGCUGUUGUCUGCCAGUGACAUCACGCAGGACCGUAUCAACGCUUUCCCCAUCGAGAUUGGGAAGUGGUUCAAACGAUAUGAUCCAGAGACGGGGACGUUUGUGAGUAACGUGAGGUAUGAGUAUCCAGAAGAUUGA